CUCUCUUGAACCAGAACUGUCAGUUGUGCAAAACGCAAAACAAAAAUAAUUAAGAGUCAUUACAUAUUUCAGGCAAAAUUGAAAAUUGAAAAUUUUCCCCAACAUCAUCUAUAUCUUCGAUAAGAAUUCUUGUGAUUCCGAAAUCAUCGUAACGUCGGAUGUCGAAAGAUGUCCCGUUUUGGCAAAAUGAACUAAAAGCUGAAGUUCGAACGCCAAGAAAGUUCUGAAGUGAAUUACUUUUUUUCAUUUGCCGAGCUUGUUCAUCCAGGUGAAGGAAAAAUUCGAACCCUUGCUCUGUUUUUGAGACGGGGAUCGCAAAACAAAUAAAUCAAAUUGGAACUGUAGUGUUUAUAGAAUCUUUCUUCCCGGAUUAAUUCUGUCUACCCCUAACCAAAUUACCUGCCCGCCGCCGGGGGUGACAUUGAGCCUAAUUGGUGUAGUUGAGACUAACGAGGAGAUUAGGGAGAAGCCAGAGAGUGCAGCAAGGUGCACGACAAUGGCAUCGACGAUGCAGUUGGAGUUUGCCCAGGCCAUGGCCGAUUUUAAAAAUAUGUUUCCGGAAAUGGACCGGGACGUGAUAGAGGCUGUGUUGCGCGCCAAUCAGGGAGCAGUGGACGCCACGAUAGACCAGCUUUUGGCCAUGAGCACCGAUAAUCAGAACGAAAAACUCCGCCAGGAGUUGGAUGACGAUACGGGAAGGACGCCUCCAUCCGGUGGAAACAAUCUAUCCACAACGCCUGCAAAGGUACCGGACCAAAGCGGAAACCUUACGAGCGCCAUAUUUGUAGUGGACAAUCCGGCAGCUCUCGGAGCUUCCCCCAAAAUCAAGAAAUCUUCAGGCAGCACCAGUGCCACCAACAGUCCGCGGGCCGUCAUCGGCGGUAACGCACGUAACGGCGAAAGGACGACCGCUCACUCAAAAUGGAAUCCGCCAUUGGUGGGACCACUUCCGCCCACGUUUCUGCGGCUGUCCGGAUGUGGCGAGGGAUCCCGGAAUACGGAGUUCGACCUCGGUGACGAGCAGUUCGCCAUGAUGCUGCAGAACGAGGAGUUCAUGGCCGAGCUGAGAUGGAACCAGGAGUUCCUGUCGGCGCUGGAGAAGGACCACCAGGGCAAGGUUUCGGACGAUGCCGCCUUCAAGGAACGACUGCGCCACAUGGGUAAGAUUUCGCGGAAAAAGUUUGCCCAGCUGGCGAGGGUGUUCACCUGGCAGCGGGGCGGUACCAAAAAGGCCAGUGCCGUUAGACAUCCGGACUCGCUGCUGCUGCAGGAGGAACACAGCGACGACGAUGAACCGAAAAAAGUCGCCAAAAAGUAAGUCCGCUAGUAUUUCCGAUAACUACCUAAUAUGAAUCACAACCCACUAUCUAUAUAUAUCGAGUAGUCGAAUCUCCGUUUGCAGCAGGGAAUGAGGGCGCGCGGUCUAAGGAAGAACUCAUACAACACACAUUACAUUGCGAAAGGUACUAAAAUGUUAAAACUAUCCAGGAGUGAGCGUACGAAGGUGCAAAAUUGAUUCCAGAAUUUUACCUUGCUUUUUUUAGUAGGAGAACGGGACUAGGAAGGGGGGGUGGAUAAGACUGUUAUAUUUUUCUAGGAAAAGUUUGGAGGGAAAACUUAUCCGAUACAUGAUACUACUACUACCGAUGGUGGACUGAGCGAGAGCAGGGUUUGGCGAA